AUGACUGGCCAGAGCGAUUCAAACACGGUCCAUCUGACCGAGAGAGAGGUGGAACGCAUCCGGAGCACCGUCCAGGACAAUCUGGACAAACGCUCCGAGUUGGUCGGCCACCCCAGAGAACCAAGAGAUGCCCAUGGUGCCAUUAGCCAGGCCACUGGCGCGUCUCUCAUGCAGGACAUGGGAAACAUGACUGGUUCCAAGGGCCAAGACACACUGCCUGCCCUGGCUGUUGGCCAGUGUUAUCCGCCAUGCACAUAUUCGCUUGAAGACCUCAAGCCAAUGUCUUUGGCGGAGCUCCGGAUGGAAACACACCAUCAGGGCCGUAAGCUUACUGUUAAGCGUGCAAGCCCGGUCGUUACGCAUGCAGCGCGAUCCUGGACAAUGGUACAAGACGAGGAUGGAAAGGAAACCGAACGCCUGGAGAUCUGUCUCCACAAAACAUUGUUCGGGGAAGAGAUCUUGGAAUCUGGUACCGUUUUCGACAUCAAGGAGCCGUACUUUACCAUGACGGAAGAGGGAGAGGCAACUAUUAGAAUCGACCACCCUUCAGAUCUUGUUGCGAGGGGGAACGAGGUCGUAGAAACUGGCAGCUCUGCCUCGGCUGAGGCCAAUGCGAAAAAGUGCAAAGAUAUGGGCAACCAGGCCCUUAUGCACAAGAAGCUGCCGAAGGCUUGGGAGAGAUACACCGAAGCCCUCAAGUUUGCCAAACAAAAUCUUGAUAACAACCAAGACUUGGCUCGAGACAUUUCGCGCAAUCGCGCUCACGUCAAUCUCUUGCUCAAUCGAUUGGACGAGGCCAUGGCCGAUGCAAAAGCUGCUCUCAUUGGUAGAGAAGACCAAAGAUCGCAAGAACUUGACAGCAAGGCAUAUUUCCGCGCUGGCACUGCGGCCUACAACCUUGGAGAGUACCAGACUGCCAAAGGUUUCUUUGAAAAGCAGCUGGAGCUUGCUCCUGAGGACAAGGGCGCAAAAGCGAACCUUCGAAGGGUAGCAACACGUCUUAAAGAGCAAACCGAGGGAACAUACGACUUGAAGAAAAUCAGGGCGGCUCUUUCCCCUGCUUCACCACGAGCCGAUGCCGCUUCUUUUAUUAAUAGAACCGAGAUCAGGGACAGCGAGGGGCGGGGCCGAGGGCUUUUUGCCGCUCGUGAUAUUCCGGCUGGCGAGAUUGUUCUUCUCGAAAAAGCGUCAUGUGUGGUCUGGGGCAACGAAAGCGAUGCUCUGACAGGAAUGACUUACGACGUACGGGAUAACAGGAUCAGGGUAUCACCAUUGGGUCUGACUAAAGCGAUUGUUCAAAGGCUGUUGAACAACCCUUCUCGAGCGGAAAGGGUGGCAGAUCUUUACGGAGAUUAUCGCGGAAAUGGUGGUGCUAUAGUCACAACCAACGAGGGUCCAGUGGUGGACGUUUUCCGCAUCCAUGACAUUGUUUCUCGCAAUGCCUUUGGGGCAGACGACCAGCAUCUUGGAGGAAGCGCAACAAAGCCGAGUACCGGCCUCUGGGUUCGAGCGGCUUAUAUCAACCAUUCGUGCGUUCCCAACGCAAAGAGAGAGUUUGUCGGGGACCUCAUGGUGGUUCGCGCUCUCCGGAACAUCGCUGCAGGUGAAGAGUUGUUCCACAGCUACGAUGAGUCUGGUGACUACGACGCGAGACAAGAGGCUUUGAUGACCACCUGGGGUUUCAAGUGCGAAUGCCCUCUUUGCGUUGCCGAGAAGAAUGAUGAGCCCGCAACAAGAAAAAAGAGACGGGAGCUAGCGGCCGAGGCGGAUGACUUCGUGAGCAAAACUCACUGGGCUAAUAACAAGCGUCUGGUCAUCUUAAAGGCGCAGCGUCUCGCUCGAGCGAUCGAUGAUACUUAUGCUAGCGAAAAGUACGAUGGACUACCUCACCCAGCCUCGCACCGCAUUCGGGAAUGGCUUUCCAAGGCAAGCAAAUAA